AUGGCUUCAAAAAUCUGGAAUAUUUUCUGUGAAACUAACCGCAUAAUAGUAGCUCAACCUGGUCACUACCUCACUCUCUCCUUCAUCUUCCUCUUACCCCCGUCUUUCGUGUCUCUUCUCCUCAACAUCCUUAUCAAAUACAUUCAACAAGCCACCUACCCCAUCUUAACCAUCUCCCUAGUUUCUAUCCUCUUCCUCCUCAUCUCUUACAUCUUCACAUACUGUGCCGUCAUCUCCAUCACUUCCAGCGUCUACCCCUCCUUUCUUAACCAACCCAUCAAACUCAAACAAGCCUUCAAAUCCAUCUCCACUUCCUUCUUCCCCUUACUCGCCACAGACAUCAUCGUCUAUGCCAUUUACUUCGUUGCCUUUCUUAUAUUUGCACUUGUCAUUGGAGCUGUCUCGUUUGUCAUCGCUUAUCUAACCGGUGUUGACCUCCAAGCCCAUUAUUUCUUUGUUGUGGUUCCAUUCGUUCUUGCUUGCAUACUUUUUUUCAUGUUUUUGGGAGUUCAGUUGAGCUUGGUGAAAGUUAUUGUGGUGGUGGAAUCACUCUGGGGUUUGGAACCGUUGAGGAGAAGUUGGAAAUUGGUGGAAGGAAUGUUGCUGGUGAUCAUCCCAAUCUUUACCUUGUUUGGACUAUCGAAUUUGGUGUUGGCGUCGUUAGCUGGUGAUAGCUGGAUAUUGAUUUUAGUGUUUACUCCGAUAGUUGCUCUGCUUACCCUUUACAAUAUUGCGGUUCUUGCGGUGUUGUACGUUUACUGCAAAGAUAAAAAUGAGAAGCUAGCAGAUCAAGUAUUUGCGACGGAAAAGGACGAAGCUAGGUUGCCACUAAUUUCAUCUUAG